UGCUGGCUCCUUCCAAGCAGCUGUUUUGGGUUUGAAAUUCCAACAUGGCAGAGGCUGCAGUCCGUCUUCCCUUCAAAAACUUGGAAUGAUUUCAAAUCAUAGGCACCUUCACUUAACCCUAGCUUCCAUUCAUCAGCAAACACAUCGGAUCGAUGCUACGCUAACCUAUCGGGUUUUCGCUCCGCGCGUUCAGGUUAAAUGAAUACCUGACGAAAGGGCCCACGUUUCAAGGCAGUGACAUUUGAUAGCUGAGAGGAAAAGUGGCUUUAAUGAAAAGCAACCUUUGGAAUUCCUGCUUGUGAGAAAUCCAAUUCAGCUUUUUGUGCUGCCAGCAAGAAAUGAUCAGUAGCACCAGUGUUUAUGGCUUGAAGAUGCAGUGGACGCCAGAGCAUGCCCAGUGGCCAGAACAGCACUUUGACAUCACCUCCACCACUCGGUCUCCCGCCCACAAAGUUGAAGCUUACAGAGGUCAUCUGCAGCGCACCUACCAGUAUGCCUGGGCAAAUGAUGACAUAUCUGCUCUGACUGCAUCCAACCUACUAAAAAAAUAUGCAGAGAAGUAUUCUGGCAUUUUGGAAGGCCCCGUGGACCGACCUGUACUCAGCAACUACUCCGAUGCACCAUCAGGACUAGUGAACGGUCGGAAAAAUGAAAGCGAACCGUGGCAGCCUUCCUUGAAUUCAGACGCUGUUUAUCCCAUGAACUGUGUUCCGGAUGUUAUCACUGCCAGCAAAGCUGGAGUCAGUUCAGCCCUCCCUCCAGCAGAUGUCUCUGCAAGUAUAGGGAGCUCUCCUGGGGUGGCCAGCAACCUGACAGAGCCUAGUUAUUCAAGUAGUACCUGUGGAAGCCACACUGUACCUAGUCUUCAUACAGGGCUCCCAUCUCAGGAAUAUGCCCCAGGAUACAACGGCUCAUAUUUGCAUUCUACUUACAGCAGCCAGCCAGCACCUGCACUUCCUUCACCUCAUCCUUCUCCCUUGCAUAGCUCUGGGCUCCUACAGCCACCACCUCCUCCUCCUCCGCCACCAGCCCUGGUCCCAGGCUACAAUGGGACUUCUAACCUCUCCAGUUACAGCUAUCCCUCUGCUAGCUAUCCUCCUCAUACUGCUGUGGGAUCUGGGUACAGCCCUGGGGGUGCACCCCCUCCUCCUUCAGCAUACCUGCCUUCAGGAAUUCCUGCUCCCACCCCCCUGCCCCCCACCACUGUUCCUGGCUACACCUACCAGGGUCAUGGUUUGACACCUAUCGCACCCGCGGCUCUGACAAACAGUUCGGCAAGUUCUCUCAAAAGGAAAGCUUUCUAUAUGGCAGGGCAAGGAGACAUGGACUCCAGUUAUGGAAAUUACAGCUAUGGCCAACAGAGAUCUACCCAGAGUCCUAUGUACAGAAUGCCCGACAACAGCAUUUCAAACUCAAAUCGGGGGAAUGGCUUUGACAGAAGUGCUGAAACAUCAUCCUUAGCAUUUAAGCCAACGAAGCAGCUAAUGUCCUCUGAACAGCAAAGGAAAUUCAGCAGCCAGUCCAGUAGGGCUCUGACCCCUCCUUCCUACAGUACUGCUAAAAAUUCAUUGGGAUCAAGAUCCAGUGAAUCCUUCGGGAAGUACACUUCACCAGUAAUGAGUGAGCGUGGGGAUGAGCACAGGCAGCUCCUCUCCCAUCCAAUGCAAGGCCCUGGGCUCCGUGCAGCUACCUCAUCCAACCACUCUGUGGACGAGCAACUGAAGAAUACUGACACGCACCUCAUUGACCUGGUAACCAACGAGAUUAUCACCCAAGGACCGCCAGUGGACUGGAAUGACAUUGCUGGUCUCGACCUGGUAAAGGCUGUCAUUAAAGAGGAGGUUUUAUGGCCAGUGUUGAGGUCAGAUGCAUUCAGUGGACUGACGGCCUUGCCUCGGAGCAUCCUUUUAUUUGGACCUCGGGGAACAGGCAAAACAUUAUUGGGCAGAUGCAUAGCUAGUCAGCUGGGGGCCACGUUUUUCAAAAUUGCUGGUUCUGGACUUAUCGCCAAGUGGUUAGGAGAAGCAGAGAAAAUUAUCCAUGCCUCUUUCCUUGUGGCCAGGUGUCGCCAGCCCUCGGUGAUUUUUGUCAGUGACAUUGACAUGCUUCUCUCCUCUCAAGUGAGUGAGGAGCACAGUCCAGUCAGUCGGAUGAGAACCGAAUUCCUGAUGCAGCUGGACACUGUACUAACUUCGGCUGAGGACCAAAUCGUAGUAAUUUGUGCCACCAGUAAACCAGAAGACAUAGAUGAAUCUCUUCGGAGGUACUUCAUGAAACGACUUUUAAUCCCACUUCCUGACAGCACAGCGAGGCACCAGAUAAUAGUACAACUGCUCUCACAGCACAAUUACUGUCUCAAUGACAAGGAGUUUGCACUGCUCGUCCAGCGCACAGAAGGCUUUUCUGGACUAGACGUGGCUCAUUUGUGUCAGGAAGCAGCGGUGGGCCCUCUCCAUGCCAUGCCAGCCACAGACCUUUCAGCCAUUAUGCCCAGCCAGUUGAGACCCGUUACAUAUCAAGACUUUGAAAAUGCUUUCUGCAAGAUUCAGCCUAGCAUAUCUCAAAAAGAGCUUGAUAUGUAUGUUGAAUGGAACAAAAUGUUUGGUUGCAGUCAGUGAUAACUUCUUUAAAAAAAAAUGUAAUGAAUGUUGGCACACACACAUAAAACCUGCUACAUAGGGUAUAGAGCCCCUUUCCAGUAGUGUUUAAAUUGCAAAGGGUACUGGGGAAGAAGACAAUUAAGUUGCAUCUUUAGAGUCAGGGUAGAUUUGGAGGAAAAACGCAUCCAAUGAGAGCUUCUGAUUUGAAAGCCCCAGAUGACAUAAAGCAUCUGCUGAUGCUCAGUUCGGUUCAAGCUAGACAACACUCACCAAGGAGCAAGGUGCAAGUGUGUUGAUUUCAGAAGGACAUGAACCUCGUGUGUUGAUUCCAUUCUGCUGUUCUCGAGAUUUAGUUGCUGUCAAGUGCCUGGAGUGGUGCUUUAUUUUUUGUUUGCCUCACAAUUACAUUGGUGGCAUGUGCUAAUAUAAAGAGCUUUAACUUCAAACAUUAUUGGACUAAAGAGAUGAAUGGUUGUGUUUCGACAGAAAACCAGAUUUUUGCCAUUUUAAGAGCAACAGUAUUCCUCAAUCCUGUCUGUUCUGCAGUAUUAAGCUAAGAACAGGUAAAACAGGGUAACGGUAAUCUGGACCUUAAUUUCUGCAGUUCAUUUCUUUUAAUGUUCUUGUCUGCAAAAACUCAGGAAAGUGAUUGUGAUUUGUACAGUACCUCAAAGGAAUGUGUUGAAAGCACUAUGUACUGCUGAGAGUAAUGGGAUAGGCUUCAAUGUUACUUUAUAUUAAAAUGUAUGUUUACCUCAACAAUUGGAAAAUAGCAAGGAAAAUUACUUUGAAUGUAUCCAGAAAAAUACUGAGUGUGAUACAACUGAAUAUUUACAACUUAAAGUAAAAAUGGAAGGAUUUUUUUUUAAAGGUUCUUUCACUAAUUAUGGGGAAUUGACCAGAGCAGAAUAAUUCUUUAUAUAAAUACCUGCAAGAGUUAUUCGUACAUUGCUCCUUGAUAAUGAAGUGAAAAUGUUCUUAGAAGGUACACUGGUUAAUGGAAAGCUACUUAUUCAGUUUGUGUUAGUGUCUAGAACAGUCAGCCACAAGACCUGUUUAGGACCCUGAAAGUCACAGUACCUAAAAACUAGGACUGCCUUUUCCUGCAGAGCUGGUAAUGGUGGUGGUGAUUUGCAAGUUCUCUCUGAAACUGCUGGGAAUGGUGUCAUCCUAUUCACUAAUCUAGCUUAUAGGCUUGCCGCGCUGUUUGACAGAAUGCAGAAGAUAGCAACCAAAACAAACAAGCAAACAAAUAAAUACAGAAAACAACCAACCAACUUAUAUAUCCGCAAAGAAUAUAUCUACGUCCCCCCUCCUUCUUGACUCCUCUCUUGUCAGUGCAAUUUUGCUUCUCAUUUUGAAAUCUUCUGGGCUGUAGUGCUCCCACAUUCAUUUCUACCUCAGUUUUGUUACAUUUCUCUUGGAAAGUCAAGUAGAAAAUUGGAAGUAGACACACACACACAAAUAUAGCUUGCCAAACAUGCUACUUUGUUUUCUUCCAUCUUUUCCCAUAAAUCUAGUUUCCAAAAAACAUCAGUCUUCAUGCUCACUUCCGCCUAAGUCCACCCUCACCCCAACAGCAUAUGUGGCAUUUUUCUCAAUUUCCCAUUCCUCUCCUGCUCCCCACCAAGUUGUUCUUUGUAUCCUUUAAUGCUUUAUGUGCAACUUUUCAUUGCUAGCUGACUGAUGUUUGGCAAUGCCUCUGAACAGACACGGUGUAAGCUGUAGCCUUCCAAAGCCACUGCCCGUGCAUAAGCAGAACAGCCUGGCUUUUUGAAUGUAUUUUUCCUGGUUUUUUUUUUUUUUUUUCCUUCCUUUUUUUAGUUGAGAGAUGCAG